UUAGUUGGCCGCUUCCUAUCUCCUUCUCCUUCUCCUUCUCCUUCUUGUUACUGCUCUGCUCUUUUAGUCUUUUUCUAUCUAACAAAGUUUAACAUCCCUCACAGUCAUAUCUCCUUAUUCGCUCAAUUCAAUUCUCACUCUUUAUCCGAUCUACCCAGAUUGUAUUCAGACAUCAAGUAAUCCUUUUAUUUACUUGAAGACGAAGACUUUUGUUUAUCUCCAAUGGAACAAAAAGACAACAAAACCAACGCCCCCAGGAAGAUGAGAUUUGCACCUAAAGCCCCACCUCGCCAAGCACCAAAGCUCGAGGUUAAAACGGAAGUGGUUGAGGACACUGAUGCUGUUCAGGCGAGGGAUUUGCUGCAGCGUUUAAAUCAAACAUCGGCAAAGACAAAGCCUAAAGUUGAAAAGAAAGUUGCUUCUUCACAGGUUGCAUUCGGUCAUGGAGGAGCAUCAGCUUCAAUGAAAUUAUUUGGUGUUUCCAAAGGUGCAAGUCGUACUAGCAGAGAAACUCUCAAUGGUGUUGUCCACACUCCAGGCUUGAGAGAGGAGAAAGAAUACAGAGAACCAUGGGAUUAUUAUAGUUAUUAUCCUGUAACCCUUCCUAUGAGGAGACCAUAUUCAGGAAAUCCAGAGUUUCUUGAUGAGGAGGAGUUUGCUUCAGAGAAUAUAACUUUUGAUGAAAAUUUAGUGGAGCCAGCAGUGGAGCUUGGUCUAAUGGACGAGAAUUUGGAGCCAAGUAUGUUCUUUCUUCAGUUACCACCAACUCUACCUAUGAUAAAGCAAUCAGGAACAACAGCUGGGCUUGAGGUCGAUAGCAGCUCAAAGCCAGCUGCACGUGUAGGUUCAGUAAAGAAGACAUGUGGCUUAGAAGAGUUACCUGCAGGUCUCAUGGGUAAAAUGCUAGUGCAUAAAAGUGGAGCUGUCAAGUUGAAGUUAGGGGAUACCCUUUAUGAUGUUACUCCAGGUUUGAAUUGCGUAUUUGCCCAGGAUGUUGUAGCUGUUAAUACUGCAGAAAAGCAGUGUUGUGUUGUUGGGGAGCUUGAUAAGCGUGCUGUUUUAACCCCAGAUGUUGAUUCUGUUCUGAAUAGUAUGGCUGAUCUUUGAUGGUUUUUUCCCCUUUUGAUUUGUUUCUUAGUUUACACGAGGAAAUUGAAAAAAACAAAAUUAUAUGGUUAUUUAACAUUUAUCAAUGGAAACAGAAUCUUAUUGAUUCUUCGGGAAAGAGAAAAUGAGAAGUCAGUCAAGGUCUGGGGUUCAGAAUCCAGCUUGAUUUCCAAUAUAAAUGAACUAUAGAAUCAGUCAGUUUGUGAUAAAAA